AUGGCAUCACCAAUACCAAAAACUACAGCAUUUUUGACGGUUGAAGAAUAUCGUAAAUUAAUUAAUACAAAUUUUCAAAAGGAAAUUUCCGAAGGUCAAUUGUAUGAUUCACGAGAUCUUCAACGUUUUAAUGAAAACGAUCCAUAUACCUUAAUGUUUGUUCAACAUGGUCAAUUUGGUACAGCUCUUGAUGAAGGUCGAGCAUUACGUGUAUUCAAUGGAGCAAUGAGUUGGAGAAAAAGACAUAAUGUUUUUGAUAUCUCUUCAAGUGAAAUUCCUGCUGAAUAUAUUAAUCGUCAUGCAAUCUUUUUUAAAAAUCAUGAUAAAUACAAUAGUCCAUUACUUCAUUUUGUUGUUCGAUUAAUGGAUAAAGGAAAAGAUGAUAAGGAAGCAAUUAAACGUUUGAUAACAUAUACUCUUGAGCAACAUAUUCGAGAACAUCCAGGUCAAAAAGUUGUUAUUCUUUUUGAUAUGAGUGAAACAGGUAUUGGACAUAUGGAUUAUGAAUUGGUAAAAUUUAUUAUUGGCAGUGCACAAAAUUUUUAUCCAGGAUUAUUAUCUUAUAUGCUUAUUUAUAAAAUGCCAUGGCUUUUAUCAGCUGCUUGGAGAAUAAUUAAAGGUUGGCUAUCAACUGAAGCUGAACAAUUUGUUAAAUUUGUCGAUGAAAAAUCAAUUACAGAAUAUGUUUCACCUGAUCAAUUAUCACCAGCAAUGGGUGGUACUGCAGCUACUAAUUAA